AUGGAAGGCAUCAAUGUUGCCCUAUUUGAUUUGACAUCGACUGGCAAGGCAACAAUGCUUAAUAGCUUGAUUGGUUCUAAAGUGGCCGCAACGGGUUGUGGUGAAACAACAAUGGCAAUUAAAAAAUAUACUGCUCAAUAUUUUAAUUUGUGGGACAUUCCUGGACGAAACGAUGAAAUAUCAUAUUUGAGUAUGGAAUACAUCGCUUUUUGGAAAGGUUUAACUCGAAGAUUAGUACUGAUUAUCACGACAGUGAAAGAGAACUCGAGCAUGAUGAAAUUACUGGAUGCCAUUAAACUAAAGUACGAUAUUGUGGUACACAAAUUCGAUCAGAUAGAAGAAGAAGAACGAGAAAAUUUUCAAAAACAAGUGACAGCUCAAAUAGCCGAAGCUGGACUCAAGGGAGUCGAUCAUGUGUAUUAUGUGAGUGCGAAAAGUCCUAAAAUGUUUGGCGAUUGA